AUGUACGAACCCAAGCAGCAGAAUUUCUUGGAUUUGCCGGAAAACAGUGGUUUCGGGUCGGACCCAAAAUCAUGGCUCUCCGGCGAUGACCUCAGCCGCACCCUCUCUUCCCUCUCCGCCGCAGCUGCCGCCGCCUCUUCUACAGGAAAUGUCGACCGCGUCCUCUUCAACGAUCUUGUCGAGAUGGUUCCUCUUGUCCAGUCCCUCAUUGAUCGGAAGGCGAACUCUUCCUUUACAAGACGGGGAUCGAUGAUCUACACCAAGACGCCUUCUAGAGAAUCUCUGUACAAGAGGACAGCUGGACGGAGUGCCACCAUUGCUAACAAAAUGCACGGUGAUUCCAUCCAAGAUGGCUGUGCCGAUAACUUCACAAAUUUAUCCACAAAAAAUAUGCUCUCCGAAAAGGAGAAAGAAGAGCUUAUGACAUUACGGGACCAAAUGGAGGAUCUGAAAAAGCAAUUAUCAGAAAAAGAAGAGCAUCUGAAAUCGCUGGAAUCCUCAAAAAAAGAAAUGGCCGCCAUUCAGAUGAAGCUCGAUGAAGUCAGAAAUGAGGCUGCAGAAAAGGACUCGAUGAUUAAGUCCAGUCAACUACAGCUUUCUGAUGUGAAGAUUAAGCUUGCAGACGAGCGAGCAGCUGUCGAAAAAUUACAAUGGGAAUCAACGACUUCCAAAGAGAAAGUGAAGAAGCUCCAGGAAGACCUACAUAGGGUGGAAGGGGAAAUUUCAUCGUUCAUGCUACUACUUCAAGGCUUGACAAAUAAAGAUUUUCCCAUUUCUGGUGGAGAUUAUGAUUAUGACCCUUAUCCUUUCGAUCAGAAUUAUGAAUUAAAUAAUGAGAUCGAUACGCAGAAAUUGGAAGCAGCGAGAGAAGCUUAUAUUGCUGCUGUGGCAGCUGCCAAAGAAAAGCAAGAUGAAGUGUCUAUUUAUGCCGCUGCCAAAGCAAGGGUUCAUUUGCAGUCAAUUGUUGGGAAGCAAACGUAA